GACACCACCUCAGGUCAAAGUCCUCGGGAUCAUCCACAGCCCCCCCGCACUGCUUCUCACCUGUAUCCGGGCGGAGAUGAAGUGUCCACGGGUAGCCGCAGGGUCGCAUGGCCCGCUGCUGCUGCUGCUGCUGCUGGUCGCAGGUGUUUGCGUGGACAGCUAUAAACCGGUCAUCAUCGUGCAUGGCAUCUUUGAUGGACCACAGCAGUUCCAAAACCUGUCAAGGUUCAUAAAGAAGGUGCAUCCAGGCACUGAGGUCACAGUGAUCGACUUGUACGAUGACCUGUUGAGUCUGCAGCCGCUGUGGAAGCAGGUCCCAGACUUCAGGCAGUCCUUCAACUCCAUCAUGAAAAAUGCUCCUGAUGGCGUCCAUCUUCUGUGCUUUUCACAAGGUGGUCUAAUUUGUCGAGCACUUCUCUCCACGACACCCAACCACAACGUGCACACCUUCAUUUCACUGUCAUCCCCACUGGCUGGACAGUACGGAGACACAGACUACCUGCAGAAGGUAUUCCACAAAACCUUAAAGAAGAAUGUGCAUUUUAUCUGCUACAACAAAUUCGGUCAAAAAGUGUCUAUUUGUGACUACUGGAACGACCCUCACCAAAGACGCAGCUACCUGCGGAACAACAUCUUUCUGCCUCUCCUUAAUGGUGAAAGACCUCACAGUGACAUGAAAGCGUGGAGGGAAAACUUCCUGCAAAUCGAGAAGUUGGUGCUAAUUGGAGGACCGGAUGAUGGUGUCAUCACACCGUGGCAGUCAAGCCACUUCGGAUUCUAUGACAGCAGCGAAAACGUCGUAGAAAUGCAGAACCAGGAGUUUUACAUGAACGAUGCCUUUGGGCUGAAGACGCUGGACCAACGUGGCGAUGUGGUGGCGUGUGUUCAUUCAGGGGUGAAGCACACAACCUGGCACUCCAACUUCACAGUGUUCAGGAACUGCAUGGAGAAGUGGCUCACAUAAAAACAACUCUCCAACAGCAAAACAGUGGAAGUCCGUCCAGAUGUGAAUACAUUUUGUGCAAUCAAAGAAAACAAUGAUUUACUCCUGUCUGUGCAAAUGUGCAGGAUUUGUGCUUACUGCAGUAUUCAUAUUGCACAACUGACUGCUGUAAUUUUUUUUAAAAAGGUUUUUAUUUUAUUAACAUGAUUUGCUUAUAUAAGUGUAUAAGUUGCAUUUAUAAUCAGCUUUCAGGUUAUGAUGAACUAUCUCUUUAUAAGCCAUCUUAUUUAAUGUUUUAAUGUUUUCCACUGAUCAAUAUUAUGUUGAUAAUAAUUAUCUAUGAAACAUCUUUUAAACUGUUGUUUUUGUCUGAUUCACAGAAAGUGCAUUUUGUACACAGCCAAAACUUUGUGAUCCUAUUUUGUACCUUGAGAAGUCCUUCAUGGAAAUAUCUUGAAUAUUGAGCGUAGCUGCUGCUCUCAUUUCUCAUUCUGUGCAUCCUCACUUCCACUCCGUGCACCUUCAGAUGGCGGUGUAAGGGCAGGAGGUGAGGAAGAUCUACAAGGAGAGAGGAAGUAGUAUACUCAGAAGUACAGAGUAUAACUUCCUGUCCACUGUGUGCUUACUGUCAGUAUCACACCCACAGUGGUGAAGAAUCGGCUGUAUGCACAGCUGAGCUCCUGAUUAAUCACUCAGUGCCCUCUGGUGGAACUGUAUUGUAAUUUAUAACAAUGUAUUUAUAUCAAAGC